AUGCAUCCGCCCAGCAAAGACCAAGAACCGGGGGGUAAAAACAUAGAGCCGAGUGAAAUUACCGAUAAUGGACGAAAUUCGAGUGAAAAAGAAGUGCAUGAAGAGGAUCAACAUCCUGAAACCGAACAUGAGGCUAUUGUCGAGGAAGACGAACAUUCCGAUGCAUCAACGAUAUCUGAAGCCGCCAACAACAGCAACGAUAACAAAGACAACAAAGAACUAGAAGGGACUUCAGAAGUUGUUCGACGCAUCACAACAGAAAUCGGCCCUCCCGUAACAGUCCCCCGACUCAAACGUCGAGGACUUUUUGCUCAGUUGGCACUCAUCCCCGAGAUAGAGAAUGGAAAGACAUACCCGCGCCGAACGAAAUGGUACAUCACUGCCAUCGCUGCCGUGGGUGGUGUCGCUGCGCCGCUGGGAUCAGCCAUUUUCCUGCCUUCGCUACAUCAAGUUGCGGCUGAUCUCAAUUCGACGUCAACCAUUGUUAAUUUGUCCAUUGCCUUGUACAUGCUGGCCAUGUCGAUUUUCCCGCUGUGGUGGUCGUCGUUCAGUGAAGCCUUUGGACGACGGUCAAUUUAUAUUGUCUCCUUUGCGCUUUUUGUGCUGUUUAAUGUGCUUAGCGCUAUCUCUCAUAGCAUUAGUGUGCUAAUUGUAAUGCGCAUGUUGGCAGGCGGAGCAUCGGCAUCCGUUCAAGCCGUUGGCGCUGGCACUAUAGCAGAUAUCUGGGAAAUCAGAGAGCGAGGCCAGGCAAUGGGCUAUUUCUACAUUGGACCCCUUUGCGGUCCUCUAUUCGCGCCUAUUAUCGGCGGUGCAUUAGCUGAGAAAUGGGGUUGGCGGAGCACCAUGUGGUUCAUGGUGAUAUUUGGCGGUGUCGUUUGGGUCCUGAUUCUGUUUGGCCUACCGGAAACACUGGCCGUACGGAAGAGUCCUAUCUUACAAUCGGACCCAGCAACGGAAGAAACCCUAGAGAGAAGUACCAGCCGCGUAUCCUCAAAAGUUGCUCAAAACAGCGCCAAGCUCCUCAAAACUUUGAAAAUGACACUCGUUGACCCACUGUCGAUUAUUUUGUAUCUGAGAUUCAUCCCAAUCGCCUUGACUAUCUACUACGCGGCCAUCACUUUUGGUUCUUUGUAUGUGCUCAACAUUAGCAUUCAGGAGACAUUCGGAGCUGCGCCGUACAACUUUUCAACAGUGAUACUGGGUUUACUUUACCUUCCCAACUCGCUCGGAUACCUCCUUGCAAGUCUCUUUGGCGGCAGAUGGAUGGAUAAAAUCAUGCAUCGCGAGGCUGUCAAAGCAGGUCGAUUCGACGAAAAGGGACGCCCGAUUUAUAUUCCCGAAGACCGUAUGAAGGAGAAUGCUUGGUUGGGUGCUUGCAUCUACCCUGCUGCGCUGCUUAUGUAUGGAUGGACCGUGGAAUACCAUGUGCAUUGGAUCGUGCCGAUGAUUGCGAACUUCGGCUUCGGAAUAGGUUGCAUGCUAAUCUUCGGUCUUGUGACCACAAUGCUCACCGAGAUCUUGUCCCGCAAAUCAUCUGCUGGCGUGGCUCUCAACAACUUCGUUCGGAACAUCUUCUCCUGCGUUGGAACGGUAGUUACGUCUCCGAUCAUCUCUGGUAUUGGGAACGGGUGGUUGUUCACAAUCUUAGCUCUCGUCAGCUUCAUCUCUGGUGUGACUGUUUUGCUGCUUAUGAAGAAGUAUGGGCCAAGAUGGAGGGAGAGGGGUAUUGAUCAUUAA